AUGCCUGCAACUCCAAUUUCUCCAUCUCGCCCAAACAGCUGGUCUGUUCCUGACCCCAAGCUUACCGAACAGACGCAGACUUUCAUUCCUCUACCUAUCGCUCAUCCUGACUUCGCUCCUGUUCUCGGGUAUCUCAGGCAAAGAUUACAUCCUCUUGUCAGCUGCACCACAGGGCAAAUUCCUCCAGAUUUCCCGGAGACUAUGCUCUCAUACCACCUACUCACCAACAGCCAAUUGGAUAAACUUGCGCAAUUCUUCCAUCAAACCUCCCAGACCAGACCAGAAACCUGGAUGUAUCCAACCAAAAUUCAAAAGCCAUGGGUUGGCACCAAUGCUGAGGUGGAUGUCAAUCUUGAAACCAAGCGUCGUCGCUUUGGACGCUUUAUCGGGCUGAGAGGAUGUGAUUCGCCCGUGGAGGACCGCUCAUUUUUCCACCAGGGAACUGCUGAUGUGUCUAACAUUACUACGCCGGAUAUGGAGGAUGCGGCUUUAUGGGAGAUGGUGUUGUGUGUGGAAAAGGAGUGGCAAGCGGCUCUGGCAAAAGCGCAGGACCAUUUUGGGUGGAAAUGA